AUGAAAGCCCAGCAACAGCAGCCGCUGCUCGCUCCUGCGCACGCGCGGGGAAUCAACUGCACGGACGAGGAGGGGGGCACGGGGGAGGAUGAGGACAAGCGGGGAGAGUUACACGCUUCGCCAACCCCACCUCCCCGCCCCCGCCCGCCCGCUGCCCGCCUCCUCCUCCGAGCCGGCAUCUGAGAUAGCGGCAGUGGAGCUGCGCGCGCGGGCAGGAGCUAGAGCUGCCUGCAAGCUGCCGCCGGCGCCACCGCAGCGGCGAUCAUAACAGCGGCGGCCGAGGUGGCAGCGCACGCGCGCGAGGGACCCUUCGGAACGUUCCGAGAGCAGCAGCAGCAGCAGCGGAGCGCGCGCCUGAGGUAAACAAUUAACGGUCACUUAACUGCCGCUUCUUACUUUCUCGGGGGGCUCCCAUCGACCCAGGGGCUAGUGGUGGCGGUGGCGAAAGAGACAGGGCUGCGCACGCGCAGUUUAAACAUCACCCCCUCCCCAAUUUCUGCACAGUGACCGGGGCAGGUGUGGAGCGCACACCUCUUCUCCACCUCCUUUCCCUCCCCAUCUUUUCCAAGAGUUAUUGUACCUUCUCACAGUGGCUCACACUUCAGCUUUUUUGGGGGUGGGGGGGCUAAUAAUUUAUGUGGGGCAGGCUUGCUUGCUAGGGUGAGGGAGAGCUUCCUCGCCCCACCUACCCUUGCCUUGCACACCUGGCGCAAGCUGGAGAGGUCUUUGCAUGCUGCCACUCGCACCCUUUGCCUCUCUGCCCUUGGCAUUACUCAGCCUUGCACCACCCUCUUGCUUGCAGUCCUUGGGUGCCUUCUCUGAGGCGCUUGCCUCUUCGGUUGGUUCGCAGAGCAUCCCCCCCUUCCCCCCCGUCAGGAGAUGCGCACCCCUUUGCGCUCUUGAGGGCCCUGCCAAAUUGACAUUUCCUCUUGCCUCUGGAGUUACAAUGGGUGGCACAUGCAUGCUUCCAAACUUGGCUCUCCGGGAACAGUCUUGCUCUCGCUGUCUUGAACCUGCCCCUGAGCCCUUAUGGGAUAGCAUGUGUGUGCCCAAGUGUGGGAACUUUGGGGGAUUGGCGCAAUACACACCACGGGGUCCCUGUGUGGAAAUGACUCAUCCCUGCAGUUUCAAUUUUGUGUAAGAUGCUAGACUUAUAUCUAUAUUCACUCUGUUUCUCCAGGACCACCUAA